AUGUUUUGUCCCUUGGGCAACACUGCAUCGCAGAGGUUGCGCGGCUCCAGCGCAGGAGGACGAGUUCAAGUCUCACUGCUCCAUCGACAGCAUAUGCAAGGAGGACCUGCCGGGCAUGAGCCCUGGGUGCAGAGGCAAAUCGUGAUCCCUGCGCGUGGCUACACCCGAGCAGGACCUUCUCCAUCAAUCAAUGCUGAGCAAGCGCAGAAGCGGCCUGUCAUCGAGCUCCAGGGCAUGCAGCGUGGGCACAGUAUGAAGGUCGCACCGGGACAUAGUGCAAAGUGCUUUGCACCCAACACUUCACCCUCGAGAUCGCCCCAGCGGUUCGACGCGACUCCGCGCACAGCCUCUCCGGUUUGUCGGCGAGAAGUCCAGUCCAGCACAUCGAGCACAACGCGUGCAGGCGCCCCGAGAGGAGAGAUAUCAACGAUGUACGUUGCGAGGGUGGGUCGGAGUCGCGCAGACCUUGUCGUCGGAAGAUCUAGAAGUUGCUCGGAUGUGUGUCGUGGUGGUGGCAACACCUCUCAACCACAAAGAGGCACCGAAGCAGGCAAAGCUGGAGAAGCAGCUGCGCGCUCCUCUGCCUCUCAGAAGGAAAAAGAGAAGAUCCAGCCUCGCGGUCAGCUGACAGAGACGCGACGGGCCACGAACGACCGUCCAUCCAGCUGCAGCGAAGAGUCGCCGGCGCCACUGAAGCUUGUUGAACGAGGUCCAGCAACAUCCCCACAGAGAAGGGCUGGUGACAUUGCGGGACGAAAGGCUGAGGCGUCUUCGAGGGAUGCUGCGCCGAUCUACCGGUGGACAGGCCCUGAAGAGCUUUGCAGGCAAGAGAUCCAGGCCGCCGUGCGGCAGGUUACGGCCUCAUGGAGUCAGGAACCUGCAGGACCUCCAGAAGGUGCAGAAUUUGCUCGUAAAGAAGCUGUACAAGCAGCAGGUCUCUGCAUUCUGUCCCCGGCUCCCUCUACGGUUGAUAUGCGGGGCUCUUUGGAGAACCCUUCGUCUGCACCAUCACCUCUGAGCGGUGGUGCAGCAUGGGAGCUUUCUGAUUCGUCACACCAAUCCUUGAACCUUUCGACAAAUUCGUCCUCCCAGCAGGAGGACGCUGACAGCGUUGGUGGAAACGAGGCCCCACCUGACUACCUCGUUCCAACGCCGAGGAGAUUUGAUGUCAACGGCUGCCACGCAGGAUCUGAUCCGCUGGCCCUCACGAUGAAAACAGUCUCGACCAUGCGGUCAUUCUGGGAGAAGAAGGUGCGUGAAAACGCGGGAAACAAGGAUGGUGAGCGAGAGGCCCGGUGGUCGAGGGCGUCCCACGUCGAGACCCAAAAGAAUUCCCAAGGGCCAGUAUGGCUGAAGAAAGAACUCACCAAGCUUCAAGCCCACAUGGACGCAAACAAAGAGCGCCUGCUGGAACUGAGCCUUCGCCUGCGGGGUCAAGAAGAGAACUGCGUGGAUGACGAGCACAGCACACGCUGUUCCAGGAGCCCUUCAUCCAAAAGCAGCUGCCCUUCUCUCAGCUCCGACUCGGACACAUCCAAGAGUCAAGAGACUCCAGAGGAUGACGAACUUCUCAUGAGCCUCAAGUCUCUGAGACAUGACUUCAGCAAGGUCAAUCGCAAGACAGCAGCUCUCUUCGAGGAGGUUCUUGAGAGGUGUCUGCCGAAGGAGAAGCUCCGAAUGGAGGAUUCCCUGACUGCGGAGGCGCCCUCCCUUCAGGUGGAUUUCUGA